AUGGGGCCAGUCCUAAUCACCAAGGUCCUGGAAGUAGAUAAUCAUACAGUGACAACACACUUCCUUCUUCUGGGAUUUCCAGCACAACCAGCCUUACAGCUUCUCCUCUUCUCUGUUUUCCUGGCAACCUACCUGAUGACACUGCUAGAGAAUCUUCUAAUCAUCCUAGCCAUUUGCAGUGAUGGGCAGCUGCACAAGCCCAUGUACUUCUUUCUGAGCCACCUCUCUUUCCUAGAGAUGUGGUAUGUCACAGUCAUCAGCCCCAAGAUGCUGGUAGACUUCCUCAGCUAUGAUAAGAGCAUAUCCUUCAAUGGCUGCAUGACUCAAUUUUACUUCUUUGUGACCUUCAUCUGCACUGAGUACAUCCUCCUUGCUGUCAUGGCUUUCAACCGCUAUGUAGCCAUUUGUAACCCACUACGCUACCCGGUCAUCAUGACUAAUGAGCUUUGUGGUUUACUAGCUAGGGGAUGCUGGUUCUGUGGACUCAUAACUGCCAUGAUUAAGAUGGUUUUCAUAGCCCGACUGCACUACUGUGGCACACCUCAGAUCAAUCACUACUUUUGUGAUAUCUCUCCACUCCUCAAUGUGUCCUGCGAGGAUUUCUCACAGGUUGAGCUGGUGGACUUCUUCUUAGCCCUCAUGGUCAUUGCUGUUCCCCUUUGUGUGGUGGUGGCAUCUUAUGCCACUCUCCUCACCACCAUCCUCAAGAUCCCUUCUGCUCAGGGCCGCCAAAAGGCAUUCUCCACCUGUGCCUCCCACCUGGCUGUUGUAAUUCUCUUCUAUUCCACAACUCUUUUCACCUAUGCCCAUCCCAAGCUCAUGUAUGCCUACAAUUCCAACAAAGUGGUAUCUGUUCUCUACACUGUUAUCGUUCCAUUCCUCAAUCCCAUCAUUUACUGUCUGAGGAACUGUGAAGUAAAUGCAGCUCUCAAAAAGACCAUAUUCUGCAAGAAAAGCAGGCUCCAGGGAGAUGAGACAUACAACAAUUGA